AUGGAGAAGUUCUCACAGUGGAGAGACCCUGCGACGGGUAUAAAUCCAUUCGUACCGGUCCGAACGAGCUCGUCGGCGUUGUCGACAUUGCUCCUUCCGGUCGGGCUGGUACUCGCUCUCUUGAGAGGUGUACUCCUUGCUGGAGUUGUGCUUCUCCAUGUUAUCCUGGUCGAGGGUCUCUGUGCCCUCUUCAAACCCGUUCCGGCGCUAUAUCGACCCCUAUCGUCCCUCUUCACAGCCAUCACCUGCCGCUUGGCAUUGGGAUGUUUGGGAUACUUUUGGAUUAACGCAGAGACUGCUUCUGCGAAGAGAGGGGCUCAAGGGGUCGCUCAAGCGGUCAGAGAGCCAAAGAAGGGAGAUUUGAUCGUUUCGAACUGGACGAGCUAUGUCGAGGUGCUGUAUCUGGCAUUCAGAUACAACCCCACUUUCCUCCUUCCGAUCUUCUCCCCCGCCCCACCCUCCUCAACACCCCUGACCGGCCGACACACCGGCACCGGUUCCGCCCAGCUGUCCACUACCCUCCCUCAGCCCCCCUUCUUGGGGUAUCGGCCAUUCACCCUCUUCUCCAUGCUACGACGUACGGGAUGUCUCCCGGAAGUGUGCUCGACGCCGCCAGUGGGGAUGUACAAGACGCUCAAGGAGGCAAGGCGGGCGGAGGCGGGUGUGGUGUGUCUGUUUCCGGAGGGGACGACGGGGAAUGGACGGGCGGUGUUGAGGGUGAGUGAGGGCGUGUUGGCGGAUGGGGAUGUGGGUAGUGGGGAGGGGGUGGUGUGGGUGAAGUACGCAAAACAUACCAACGCGUGCCCACUCCCUCAACCUCUUCCACACCUCUACUCCAUCCUCUCCUCCUUCACCUCCAACUCCCUCCUCAUCCGCACGCUCCACCCCUCGGCUUCACCCUCAUCCCCCUCGUUCCUACCUUCCGAUAUCCUCUCGUCCAUCUCGGGCGGACUCGAAGGGGUAGGGCGGGACGGUACCGGCGCAUGGCGAGAAGCGGUGAUGGCUGUGCUGGCAGAGACGGGUCGUACGAGGAGAGUGAGGGGCAUGGGAUGGGUCGAGAAGGGGAGCUUUCUGGAGUAUGCGCGAACGGGCAAGAAGGGGAGAUGA